UGUUUUUCAGAACCGUUUCAUUUUUGACAACUUGUUUCAAAAUUAUCGUUUUGUCUGCAUCUGUUAUGACAUUUUUUAUUUGUUUUAUUGGAAACUAUAGAAUGCAAACCUCUCGUCAGUGUAUAUAAUAAUUUACGUCCAACAGAUGUGUUAUUUUAUGAACUAUUAUUUAUUUAUUUUAGGUCAUAUUUAACUCAUCCAGUAAAUGGAUGGUGUUGAAUAAGAUGACUAAAAGCAUGAAUCACUUAAUGAUUAUGAUUAUCACCACAGUGUGAUCUUUCUGUGUGUUUAGUCAUGUAGUCGACCCUGUACACACUCACUAGACAUACCUAAAGAACAAAGUGUGUAUUCAUAGUCCCAAUUUGCAGGAGAAUUGCAAAGCUUUAUUUACCGUGUAAACUUGUUCAUGCUGAGUUGCCAAAUGUCCUUCAUGGGUCUGUUAUGUCACAAAAACCUGAAGAUCCAGUUUGUGAGCGGCAGAGCAGCAUAAGAGCUCGGAGCUGCUGGACACUUCACAGAUCUGACCGACACUCAGGACACGGACUGCACUAACUCAAGAUGGCUCAUUACAAUCCAUCCUUAUCGUCUCCAUCAGACGAGGUCAAUCUGGGUGUGUCGGUCAAUCCUCAUGCCAAACCCACUGACUUUGACUUUCUGGCUGUGAUUGGUAAAGGAACAUUUGGGAAGGUGAGGCGCGUCUGAUGCCACUAUCUGAUUAACUGUGCCCCGUAUGACUUCACCAAUCAUUAACGCUUCAGAAGGAAGUCUGCGAAGGUGCUUUUAGCAAAACUGAAGGCAGAUGGGAAAUUCUAUGCAGUGAAAGUUUUGCAAAAGAAGGUGAUAUUGAAGAAAAAAGAGGUUGGUGUUUAUUUAAUUUUAUUUUUUUACAUGCAACCAGUUUGUUUUUCCAUAUAACCAGCCCUGGAGAGACUAUACAUCCUACAAAUGAAAGAUCAAAAAGCCUCAUUGCUCUGAUAAUGAUAGAAUCUAAUCUAAUCUGACUUUAACUCUGUCCUUUGUACCAUGAUAAUCUGUUACACUGUGUCCUGGCCAAAAGACUACAGUAGUUGUAGCAGUGACUAACUAACUAAUAGUUAGAUCCCAGUGUGUAAUACACAAGCGCUUGCAUAUUUUCAUUGUAUUUGCAUUGAAAAGCUCCUCUUGUCACUUGUCUCAUGGCCUGUCCUGGAUGGUGUCAGCUCAUAACUGUAUUCUCUUGUUCACCUCCGUCAAUGCUGCGUUGUGUGCAACAGCAAAAGAAUAUAAUGGCAGAGAGGAACGUGCUGCUCAAGAGUCUGAAACACCCUUUUCUGGUCGGGCUGCACUACUCCUUUCAGACCCCGGAGAAGCUGUAUUUUGUCCUGGAUUACGUCAACGGUGGAGAGUUAUUCUAUCACCUGCAGAGAGAGCGGUGUUUCUCAGAGGCACGAGCUCGCUUCUACACGGCGGAGGUGGCCAGUGCCAUCGGAUACCUUCACUCUCUCAAUAUAGUGUACAGAGACCUCAAGCCAGAAAACAUUCUGUUAGACCACCAGGGCCAUGUGGUGUUAACAGAUUUUGGCUUGUGUAAAGAAGGCAUAGAACCAGAAGGAACCACCUCAACCUUCUGCGGCACCCCAGAGUAUCUGGCUCCUGAGAUCCUACGGAAAGAGCCGUAUGACCGCACUGUGGACUGGUGGUGUCUCGGAGCUGUGCUCUAUGAGAUGCUUUACAGCUUACCUCCGUUCUACAGCCGGGACGUGUCUGAGAUGUACGACGCCAUCCUUCACAAACCUCUGCAUCUGCCUCCGGGGAAGUCUCAGGCCUCCAGUCACCUGCUCUACGGACUCCUGCAGAAAGACCAGCGCCGCCGCAUAGGAGCCAUUGCUGAUUUUUUGGAGAUUAAAAAUCAUGUGUUCUUUGCCCCCAUAAACUGGGACGACCUCUACCACAAGAGAAUCACUCCUCCUUAUAACCCAAAUGUGAGAGGCCCAGCAGACCUUCAGCACAUUGACCCAGAGUUCACCAGAGAGACGGUGCCCAACUCUGUGGGCCGCACCCCAGACCUCACCCCCAGCCUGGCCACCAGCAGCUCCAACGCCUUCAAUGGCUUCUCAUACAUCUCUGGAGAAGACGGCUUCCUCUGAGACUGCUCUCACCUUCAGGUCACUGAGCGCACGGUGUUUCUGGAUGCUGGAAAACACUGGACUGUAAUGAGGGCAAACGCUGUGACACAUGAACCUCAGCUGUCUGAUGAUGGGUUUUAAGAUGUUGUGCUCAUUUUGCAUUCAUAUUUCAUCAGCAUGCACGCAUGUCCGUUGUGUAAGACUAAAGGACAUUGCCUGAGACAGAUUUGUUCAUUGCACCACUGGAAAAGCAGAUGCAGUUGCAAAAUCUAGAUUUCUGAUCUUGCUUGUCUUUUGGGGAUUGUGGAUCUGCAAGCCUUACUCUUGGCAACACCCUCAUCUAACGUUCUUCAUCUGAUUAAUGAAAAGCAUGGAAAAUUACACCUUUGCUUUGUAACUUGUUGUGCAAAAUGUCCUGUAAUGCAAUGCUCUUCUGUUAUUGAAAAUGUCACAAUCAAAUCUAUUUUAUGUAUGAUCCAUACAUGUGAAGAUGAUUUGUCUAUGAAAUCAUGUAUUAAUGCUCAGAAAGUCUUCAGAAAAGUGUAAUACCACUUAUAAAUGCACUGGCUAUACAGGUAUAUUGCUCAUAAUGUUACAUGUUUUUGUUUAAGGUUUAGUAAGACCUUUGCUAAAGGUUCCUUUAAUCUUUGUCAUAUGUCAGAAUUCACUGUGGAAAAAAAAAUUUGCUAGGAGAUUUGACUUAAUUUUCCUCUGAUCUGGCACUUUUUGUAUCCAUAUGACAAAGUAGCAAUGAAUUCAUGCAAGACAUUA